AUGGCUACUGCGUACCUACCACAGGAGAACGAGCGACUAGAUCGUGAACGACGACUUGCCGAACGCGAAGCAGCUGUGCAUGAGCUGGAACGAGUACGUGAGUGGGGACGAGGGCAUGAGCAAAAAAGAGUACGUGGGUCGUUCAGCGGUACUUACGACGAUCUAUCAAUAGCAAAAGACGCUCCUGGGUACGGCAGUCAAGCUUCUCAGCCUGAUGUAUUCACGUCUCUCAAUGCAGAUCUGAAGGUCAAGCCAACACUACUAAAGGAGCAUGAACGCCAGAACCAUAGCGCAGAUCCAGAGCAUCAGGCCACUUUUGGUUCGUCAACUCCCGCUCUUCCUGAUGAUGCUCAGUCCAGAUUUGUACCGACUGGAUCAGGGGUGCAAUAUACUCAUUAUACUUAUACGCAAUGGCAAGAGAAAAGGGACAUUAUCACCCAGCUAUAUUUAAAGGAAGAUCGAAUGUACCGAAGAAAAUUAGAGGAAUGGGAUAUUGGCAGAAGGCUAGAGAUGAGUGCUAUACUACUUGUGGCAAGACAGCGACAAGCAGCUGGCCAAGAAUCAGCUUUCUGGAUCAGAGGCAGGAAAGUUGAUAUGGAAGAAGUCCGUCGCUACUUCGAAGCAAGGGGGGAAGAUCCAGAUUCGCUAGAUGUCCAGGAUAGCCCGAUCCCGUCAACCAUAACCGUCGAGACACCACCACCAAAUCUCACGUUGAAGCAUGACUCCGAGCUUGACAUGCGCACUUCGAAUUCCUUUGGUGGAAUUUAG